AUGGUGACAUCAUCACUUGCAAAUCGUUUGCUGAAUCGUUUAAUGAAUGUGGAAUCAAGAAAUACUCAUCGGCCGAAUGAUGAUGAUGGUUACAUUGAGCUAUCACGUCGAUUACUAUCAUGUUUGGAUACUGGAAGUGAGAAAAAUCCUGUAGAAGUAUUGAAACAUCCGUCUAUAGCACGAUUAAUCGUUCGACGUGAAUUAGGACUUCAGCGAACUCAAUGUAGUUUUGGUAGAAAUGCUUUACGUUCACUCAUUAUGUCGAAUAAUCGGAGAUAUGUCUUAUGUGAAAAGCACGAUGCGAAGGGUUUUCUUAACGUCGACGGAGGUUUGAUGGUUGCACAUAAAGCGCGCAAGAUCUAUAACAUUGAUAUUUUGGAACCAUUAUGCCGACUGGAUAUGCUAGACGAAACGGAGAAGAUUUUAUCAACACUUUGGGUUGAACUUGUUGUUGACUUGCAGGAAGGAACAUCGAAUUCUUCACCAUUCUGGGUACUAAUUUUAACACAGAAUCGUUUAUUAUGCAUUGAUCCCCUACGUCAGUUAGUGGAAGCUGAGUUUAUACUACCAUCAGAUUCUUGUAAAUUUAGUUGUCUAGCACCCAAUGAACUUGGUCGAACGUUUUGCUUAUUUGGGAAUAUGUUAUCGCAGAAUAGCGUAAGAAGCAGCAGUACUGGAGGAACAGAUUGUGUUGUGGGCAUUUUUGAUGUUUAUCCACUUAAGUUCAAAGGCAUCUUUCGCAUCACGAAAGAGGUUUUUGGAAAUGUUACAAAUGUAAGUGUAAUAUCUGAUAUGGUAAUCGUUUUCAAGAAGAAACCCUAUGAAACAGUGCUGUAUAAUUUGGUCGAUUUUCAAAAUCAGACUGAAGAAGGAUUGUAUGAUCCAGAAUUACGGUUCGAUGGGAAAAUAAUUUUACCUGUGCCUAAUUUAAUUAUAUCAGAACCGGUCAAAUGCGCUACAGUUGCAGGCAAUUGGUCAACGCUAGAGUAUAGUGGUGUGCCAUAUCAUUUGUUAGGCAUUUCGUAUUCUUCAAAAAAAUCAUAUAUGUUAGUUGAUGCUGCAAAAAUGACUGAACCGGCAUCGUUACCAUUUCCACUACAACCACCAAAGAAUACAUCAUUGCAAGUGGAGGGAGCAAGUUUAAUGUUUCAUUCAGAUGAAUCGGGGCGAUUGCUUCGUUUUGAUGGACCAGCAAUUGUAUCCUAUAAGAUGCAACGAUCUGUAAAUGAUGAAAUGUCUUUUCAAGAAGUCUGGAGAACCAAUUUAUGGGUAAAAGAUAGUUUCUUGCAGGAGAGGCUUGAAAGCAAUGUAAAAAUUAAAUCAAGUUUUGGACGCCAUAUUAAACCAACGUCGGAUUUUGAGCAAGAUUUUCGGCUGGUCAUCAAAGGAGUGGAUGUCGAUAUUGAAAGCCAAAUUAUUGCAAUUAUUGCAGAAUGCGAUCUUCACUCGCCAAUUUUCGAUGAUCCAGACCGAACGUUCGAUGCAAUAUCUCGCCGCAAUAUAUAUUUGGACGAGGUUGAUAUGUGCACUGUGAUUUUUUUAUUAGAUGAUACUACUGGUAUAAUUUUGAAAAUUGCGAUGAUGCGUGAACCAAUAAGAGAGGAUACCGUUUUACAUUUUGAUAUGUCUGGUGUAUUGAUGUGUUUCAACCAGCGUGGUCCUCGGAAAUCGUAUCUUGAAGUUCAGCGUUUACAAGAAAUAGGAGUUGUUGAGUGGGAGAAGGCAAAACAUAAUGAUCUUGAGCUGUAUGAUAUAAAGUACAAUUCAAGCGUGCUUAGCAGACGACAAACACGGCUUUGUGCUCGAGAACGAAAUUCCACUUUACCAACGUCAGGUGGUACAGCUGCAAGCAGCAGUCGAACAUUCGACAGAAGAUAUGGUUUGCAAGCAGAUGACAACGGGCCAAGUGGAAGUCGCGAAUCAGUGCCAGGAUCUCGGCGUCGUAAACGAUUACGAAUUGUUUAUCUAGGUGAUACAGAUUCAUCCGAUUCAGAUUAUCAACCACAUAGUCAGUAG